CCAGAACAGCGACUCCCUGUCUCUCAUCCCCUGCUCGAUCUGGUCUCUUCCAUCUCCCACGUACUAUCUCUCUCCUGUCAGCUUCAGCUAUCUGCACAAGCUCCCGCGUCAGAUCUGCCAUGAUGAAGUUCGCAGCAGCCCUCGCCCUCGUUGCCCUCAGCAGCGUCAUGGCAGAGGAGGCGUUCGUGUCCUCUCCCGCCGCCCUGCCGGCCCCGCUCCGCCGGUUUCGUCAGAGCAGUAUCCCCCGCAUGGCUGUCGACAUCUCAGACCUCAAUGGGGCGGUGGCUCCCUUUCCCCGUGGCUUCGACCCCCUCGGGCUGGCUAACGGCCCCGAUGUCGAUGAGAAUGAGGUGGGCAUCGAAAGACGCACUGCCAAGCCGAGGGAGGGGAUUACUCGGUGUACCUGUCUGUCUGCUGCGUGUGUGUGGGUGUGGUUGUCCUCCACGUGCAGAUCAAGCGCUGGCGUGAGUCCGAGCUGAAGCACGGCCGUCUCUGCAUGCUCGCCGCCCUCGGCAUUCUCGUGCAGGAGAACUUCAACCCGCUCUUCGACGGCAAGAUCACUGGACCCGCUAUCAGUAUGUGGCAGCAACGAGGACCCUCACAGCAGCCAGCCUUCCUGUGCUCACUGUCACUAUGUGAUGUCCAUGUGUGUGCAGAUCAUUUCCAGCAGGUGCCCUUCCCGUUCUGGGCCAUCAUCGUGGCGGGCAUCUUCGGCAUUGAGGCCGCCAGGUGAGCUCGACCCAGCCACCCACACACAUCCACCGAGGCAGCAUCUCAUCUCUCUGCAUUGCGUCUCCGUCCGUGUCCUACCUGUGUGUAUUGGUGUUGGUGCGCAGCAUCGGCAAGGGGUGGGCCUCCCCGUGGACUAACAAACUGUUCGCUCUGAGGGAGGACUACGAGGCGGGCGACCUCGGCUUCGACCCCUUCAACCUCACGCCAUCUGACCCGGCUGCCUUCGAUGAGUUACGCGCCAAGGAGCUCAACAACGGCCGCCUGGCCAUGAUCGCCGUUGCCGGUAUCGUUGCCCAGGAGCUCGUCGGUGAGCAGGGAACACGCUCAGGGAGAGAAGUCGUCUCCACGGGCUCAUUGUCUGUGUGGCCUUGUCUGUGCUGUGUGUGCCGUGCUCAGACGGCCAGAAGAUUCUGGACCACUUGGGCAUCACUGGCUGAGUUCCGAGUCCUUCGGCUAUCAAUUCAUUCAUGCAACUCCCUUGCCUGGCCUGGAAUACAUGCACGCGAUUCUCUCGAGUCAUGCAGUUUUCGACAGAGCAUUGGAACAGCAGCAGAGAGAGAGAGAGAGACAGAGAGAGAGAGAGAGAGAGAGAGAGAGACAGCGAUAUAGAGAGGGAGGGAGAGCUGUGUCCCGAAAUUCUGGAGAGUGACAACGGGAUCGUCUCAAUGAGACGGAGUCCCCAUUUCGCAUUUCGUCACGUGUGAGAGAGGCAUGCAGAGAGGCGGGCAGGUGGAAUGACUUGGUGAGAGCGUUUCUCAGUCAGAGGUUUGAUGUUCGCAAAUGUUCGUAUCCUUCGUCGUACCAAGAUCCUAGAGGGCUGCACAGAGAGAGCGUGAGCUGCGUAGACGUGGGCGAUGACAAGCCUUCGUAUCUCCGUACGCACAGACGUAAUGUGCCACGGCAUGGCGUAGCGCUUUCACCACUGUGUAGGAGAGCUGGAGAGGGCACUGGGGGAUAUGGAGGGUUGGUUGGGUCACUGGGGGUGGGUGAAUUGAGAGGGGUGAGGCUGCGCUGAUGGCGUGAGAGACGGGGCGUUAGCAGAACCUACAGUAAGUGCGCUGUAGGAUGAGACGGGGCUGGUUUCGUGUGCAUUGACUCCCGUGAAGCCCUGCCGAUUGUACACUGCAAGGCAAGUCACAGUGCAUCACGAUACAACACUUCAGUAAGAAGAUCCCGCGUUGCGGCCGUCUCGACAACACCACCCUUCAUGCGUCGGGACAGAGAGG